GUGGAAAGUAACGAAUUACAUUUACUCACGUUACUGUAAUUGAGUACUUUUUAUGAGUAACUUGUAAUUUUCAGAGUAGUUUUUGAAAUGCGUAAUUUUUACUUUUACUCAAUUACAUUUUGACCCAAGUAUUUUACUUCGCUACAUUUGAAACCCCCUCACGUUACUGAGUACAACACUGAUAGUUUAAAAAAAAAUUGGGCGGAAAACCACUUUGUCCCCGGGAUUGAACGUCAAUUAAGCGACAUUCCAUUGCGCGCGCUCUAGAUUCCAACGCGUAGGGAUGGCUGUUGCAGGUGAGGUGGUUACAAUGGACGAGGAGGAACAGUCAGAACGGAAAGAAGAGGAAAUACAAAACAAAAACCCUUGGCCCAACUUGGAAGAGCUCUUCGUGUUCAAACGCCAACAGGGGAACAACGUAAUAAUGCAGUGCAAAAUGUGUUUGCCCAGCAAAACGGAGCUUUCAGCCUACAAAACUUCGACGUCUAACUUGCGAAAGCAUGUGGUGAGAAAGCAUCCAUCAAAGCUUGCUGUUUUUAGUGCAUGUUCACGGAAGUCACUACAGGAGCUAGGAAGCAAGAGUAAACAGAGCAAGCUCCCAGGCAUCCAGGCCCAACUUGCGGUGGGAGGUGCCAUCCGUGCGUCUCAAGGAACAGUUGACCGCUUCCUCAUCAGGCUUAUUUGUGAAGGUCACCACCCAUUCUCUUUGGUAGAACAGCCAGCAUUUAAAGAGUUUGCGGCUGCACUCAAUCCUCAAUACAAAAUGCUAUCCAGACCCACUGUUAAGAGCAGAAUUGCCGAAGCUACUGCUGAUAUGAAGACCAAGUUAACAGCGCACCUUAGUAACAUAGAUCAUGUUGCAACCACCACAGAUUGUUGGUCAGCUGCUGCUGAAACUAAACAAAAGCUUUACUGGUCUGAAAUUGUAGAUUGUGGGCUUCCUGGGGACAUGUUAUUGUGAAUAGUACGAUCCUGAAACCAUUUUAGUUUGAAUAGUCUGAUCCUGAAGCCAUUUUAGUUUGAAUAGGCUGAUCCUGAAGCCAUUUUAGUUUGAAUAGUCGGAUCCUGAAGCCAUUUUUAGUUUGAAUAGUCGGAUCCUACAGUAUGUGCAUUUUAUUUUGAUUUGUGAGACUUCGAAUACUGUAAUUCUUUUCUCAUAAUGUUGUUGGCUGGACAAUAGGAUUGAAACUGUUACUGAGCUCAGUCAAGGGUUUCUUUUAAGUGUGGAUGUGCACUUAUUCAACUUCGAGGCAUAUUAAACAACUUGUGCUGAACUUUA